GGGAGAGAAGUAGCUUCAGAGAGACAUUUGCAUUUACCACAUCCUGGAGGUUGGUGUUCUUUUCCUUAUGUCCCUCCCCAUUCUACCUUAAACUGGGUGACCACCCCUAUGAGGACAAAAGAAAACUGCUUUCUCAUCUACCUUCCAUCUGGUGGACCUGGGUCUAAUGCCUGGGACCAGGAUGGUGGGUGCAAAGGCGGUCACAGGCCCUAACACCUCCCUUCGCCGGACACAACGCACUGGAGUCAGCAGUGUCAUGGUGAAUCCUCCCUUCUAUCAGGUGUCUUGCUGUGGGCCUGCUCCCUGUACCUGCUGCUGCCAUUCUAGAUGGCCCCUUGUCACAGAGUCUACUUGUAGCCGCCUGAUCUACAUCCUCCUUCAUGUGGGGGCCUCAGCAGUCUGCUGCCUUCUGCUGUCAAGGACAGUAGUGGAAAGGGUCUGGGGGAAGGCACAUGGGAUCCAGAUGCCCUCAGGGUUCUGUGCCCAUCUGUUUGGCCACUCUCACUGCCCAGUGCUCAGUGGUUCUGGGGCUGUGUACCGAGUAUGUGCGGGAACUGCCACCUUCCACCUGCUGCAGGCUGUGCUGCUAGUCCAGCUCCACUCCCCUACCAGCCUGCGGGCACAACUACACAAUAGCUUCUGGUUCCUCAAACUGCUGUUCCUGCUAGGUCUCUGUGCUGUUGCCUUCUGCAUCCCUGAUGAGCAUCUCUUCCCAGCCUGGCAUUACAUUGGCAUCUGUGGAGGCUUCACAUUCAUCCUGCUGCAGUUGGUGCUUAUCACAGCCUUUGCCCAUUCCUGGAACAAAAACUGGCAGACAGGUGCAGCCCAAGACUGCCGCUGGUUCCUAGCUGUACUGCUGGCCACCCUGGGAUUCUACAGCAUUGCCGGUGUGGCAACUGUGCUCCUGUUCCACCACUACACACAUCCAGCUGGCUGCCUGCUCAACAAGAUGCUGCUUAGUCUACACCUUUGUUUCUGUGGCCUCCUCUCCUUUCUCUCCAUCGCUCCCUGCAUCCGCCUCAAGCAACCCCGUUCUGGCCUUCUACAGGCCUCUAUCAUCAGCUGCUAUAUCAUGUACCUUACCUUCUCUGCACUGUCCAGCCGUCCUCCAGAGAGUGGUAAGGACCAGUCCUGGACUCUCCAUGCUAAAACCUUUUGUUCCUGCCAAAUACUUAGUUCUUUGUUCUUACCACCUUUCUUCUGUUGCUCCUUCUCAGUUAUCUUUGAAGGACAGAACCACACUCUGUGCCUGCCUGGCCUGAGUAAAAUGGAAUCGCAAACACCAUAUACAUCGCUGGCAGUGCUGAGUGCUGGCAUCAUGUAUACUUGUGUGCUUUUUGCUUGCAAUGAGGCUUCCUACCUGGCUGAGGUAUUUGGGCCCUUGUGGAUCAUCAAGGUUUACAGCUAUGAGUUCCAGAAGCCCUCACUCUGUUUCUGCUGCCCUGAAACAGUGAAACCAGAGGAAGGGCAGAGGGGUGGGGCUACCAGGCCAACUGACCAAGAGACCUCUCCAGCUCCUCCAGUGCAAGCCCAGCAUUUCUCCUACAGCUAUUCUGCCUUCCAUUUUGUCUUCUUCCUUGCAUCACUCUAUGUCAUGGUUACCCUUACCAACUGGUUCAGCUAUGAGGGAGCAGAACUGGAAAAGACCUUCACCAAGGGUAGCUGGGCUACCUUCUGGGUCAAGGUUGCCUCAUGCUGGGCCUGUGUACUCCUCUAUCUUGGGCUGCUCCUGGCACCACUCUGUUGGUCCCCCACCCAGGACCUCCAGUCACCUACUUUCAGGCAACAAUGCCAUCGCAUCAGUACUGCAAGAUAACAAAUAUUCAGCUAGGUACUGUUAACAAACUGGGGUUCCCUUGAGGUUGUACUCCUAGUUUUGACUGAGGAACUGUCCAGCGCAGCAGAUACCUCAAGGACAUAAUGGGCAGUUAUCUCCCUUUAGACUGAAGUCAGUACUUCUGAAUAGGAGAAAGUGGCCAUACAUACUCUAAAUGCCAUGGCAGAGUAUAUGACUCACGGGAGCUACUGUUACAUCUUUACCCCAGCUCAAGAACCUAACUCCCAAGUUAGCAGCUCAGGAACCACUGCUGAUCCCAGCAGACAGUGUGGCACCAGCCCUUUCCUGGCUCUCAGCAUGGAGAUGGGGGCAGGGAAAGACCAAGGACUGAAGACUUACUUGGGUCUGCCCUUGGAGAUAAAAAGGAAAAUAAGCAAGCCCUGGGCCCAGGGAGAUAAGCAGCCCAGAACACAGAAAGAAAGGAACAAAGACCACCCUAGGUUUUAAUCCUGAUCUUGAGGUCAAAGGAAGCAGGAAGACAAAAACCACCCUCAAUCCUUGAAGAAUGACAGAACAGAAGAGAAUGUGAAUACUAGAGAGCAGCAGGAUUUGGGAGCCAACUAUCAAGCAGGCGAACAAAAUGAGGAAGAAUGAGAAAGAGGGGCAUAAACUUAGGUCUUGAAGCCUUCCUUCUUAGACCCUCAACUCCAUCCUUGGGAUGGUGUUCAAGGUCUGGGUGGGAACAAAAAUCACAGAAAAGAAGUUCCUACGGUUCUUAGAGGAUUCCUCUACCACAUACCUGGAGUACUUGUCUGUUUGUUGUAG